ACGGGGCGCAACUGACGAUUGGACUCACAUCGGAGGUCUCGCUCGCUCGCUCGCUCGACCUGACCGCUCUCCACCGAUACAGCACCUCCUCUUUAUAUAUAAGAGCAUGCCGCGAUAGCACAGCACCUCGGUCACUUCGUCCAGGUACUCCCGUCGUCCUCCCUCGCCCGCCGCGACCAUGAAAGACCCGUUCCCGAUCCCUCCGCCCGUCUGGCUCGUCGAAAAGGUCCUACCAUAUGCCAAUUCGCUCGGCCUGCCGACCCUGGCCCUGCAUGCUCACGAGGUGCUCUUCGCCUUCACGCUCUACACUGUAGUUGGCAGUGUCGUAUCGCCCAUUCUCAGCAGACGCUUCGUGCCGCAAAAAUACAAGCUGCUGAACCACAGGACCAAGGUCAAUUGGGAUGUCCAUGUGGUGUCAUUCUUCCAGUCGGUGCUCAUCAGUGCCUUGAGCUUGUAUGUCAUCUUUUACGAUGAGCAGAGGAUAGCGGUGCGUCCAAGAGACCAGUGGGAGGGCCGCGUUUGGGAAUAUACUGGACUCAGUGGGCUUUGCCAAAGCUUUGCGCUUGGAUACUUCCUUUGGGACUUCAUUCAGUGUAGCUACCAUGUGGACAUCUUUGGUCUGGGCAUGCUGGCCCACGCUAUUAGUGCCAUGAGCGUGUUUGCGCUUGGAUAUCGACCCUUCAUCUACUUUUAUGCCCCAGUCUUCCUCCUCUACGAACUCUCUUCACCUUUUCUCAAUGUUCAUUGGUUCUGUGACAAGCUCAACUUGACUGGAAGCCCCAUUCAAGCUAUCAAUGGUGUCUUUCUGGUCGGUUCCUUUUUCGCCUGCCGCUUGAUCUGGGGCAACUACUCUUCCGUCCUAGUUUUCAUGGACAUCUACAAUGCCAUAUUCAACGGCAACACCGAGAUCACAAAGAACAGCACUGGAGCACCCAAGCACUACUCCGCCCAAGAUCUAAUGUCAAUAUAUGGCGACGAGCAAGGCCAACUGUUAGCAUUUGCUGGAAGUCAAGGUAUUCCGCUCUGGCUUGGACUGGUCUACCUUGCUUCGAACCUGACUCUCAACUCUCUGAAUAUCUUCUGGUUUGGUAAGAUGAUACAGACCAUUCGGUCACGAUUCGAUCCCCCUCUUGGCACGAAGGGCCUGGGCAAAGAGGUCAAGCACUGGGAGCGUGAAGAGAAAGUCGAGGCAGUCAAUGCCACAAGUUCACCUGCCGCUGGACAUGUUGACAUCCAGCGGGUCGUGAAUGCAGAUGGGAGCAACAGUGUGGAGAUAACGCAGCGUUCUCUAAGAACUAGGCGGAAAGCUUAAGCUGCACGAGGGGCGCAGGUGGAUUAUCUGAUGUCUCUUUGCGAAUGCUUCCUCAGGUAGGGAAGUAGCUACUGUACAGCACUUUUUUGGGCUCUUGGGCCUUGUCAGUCCCGCUAUGAGAUGUAUGGCGGCAUGCAGAGUAACGAAUUUCUGCUGCUAUGGUGAAUCAGCUCUAUCUCCCAUAGUAACAAGUCGCGCCAUGGACAAGAGCUUUGUGUCCUCAUCAGUCUACUGGACCCUUCAUUGCUGAGUGGGCGUGUUUGACACAAUUCCGCAUGCCCUAUACUGACUACGAGGCAACGACUCGCGAGCCCCUUGCCACAUCGCCCCCUAGCCUCCCCGAUCUUGCCACUCAGUUCAAUCUUGGAAAGAGCUGGAUGCCCAGCUCAGCACACUCAGCUUCGACCAUGCGGCCCCACAGCUUGUACUUCAUAAUGAAGUCCAUGCAAUCCCCGACAUGCUUGCGCGCCUUGUCAUUGUCCAUGUCCUCAAUCUUCUUACUGACCAGCCAGUCUCUGUCACUGUCUGCCAGUCUC